CCUCUCUUAUCCUCCACUCUUCCUUCUGUCAAUCCUUCUCCCCGCCCGCUCCGGUUCCUCGUCAUCGGUGCGGGAUCGCGGGGAAAUGCGUAUGGACGGGCGGUGACCAGCUCCACUGCGGGGAUCAUCCAUGCUGUCGCCGAACCCCAUCCCUUCAAACGUCGCCAAUUCGGCCGCAACUACAUCUGGGGCCCCAACAAUCACUCCCAAGAUGGGCAGGAAUUUGCUGACUGGCGCGACUGGCUCGCCUGGGAGGUCCGUCGUCGCGAGCUGGCCUCGAAUCCCAUCCGUCAACCUUCAUCUACUGGAGCCGCGGCAGCAGCAGGGGUAGACGGAGUCUUCAUCUGCACCCUCGACGAGACGCACGCGGAGAUCAUCCACGCCAUUGCGCCUCUGCGCCUGCACAUCCUGUGCGAGAAGCCGCUCGCCCUCUCCCUGACCGACUGCCUCAGCGUCUACCGCGCCCUGCAACCCCACACCGCCACCACUAUCUUCUCCAUCGGCCACGUCCUGCGCUACAGCCCGCACAACAUCCUCCUCCGGCGCCUGCUCCUCACCGACCGCGUCAUCGGCGACAUCGUCUCCCUGGAGCACUGCGAGCCCGUGGGCUGGUGGCACUUCGCCCACAGCUACGUCCGCGGCAACUGGCGGCGCGAGACGCCCGCGGGCGACGGCUCGCUGCUGACCAAAUCCUGCCACGACAUCGAUUUCCUCAUGUGGCUCCUCUCUGCACCCCCAGAAACAAGCACACACACAACGACACCGCAACCGCAACCGCAACCGCACCAACCCCGCACCAUCACCUCCACCGGCUCACUCACCCAGUUCCAAGCGCACCGCAAACCCCCGGCCGCCGGCGCCGCAAUCAACUGCCUGUCCUGCCCCGCCGAACGGGACUGCAAAUACAGCGCCGUGAAGAUCUACGACGAGCGGCACGUGGCGCGCGGCGACUUCGACUGGCCCGUCAAUAUCGUGUGUCCGGACAUCGAGGACGUCGUCGCGCCGUACCUUGCUCUUUCGGAAGCUUCCCCCAACCCCAACCCCACAAACACAAACGUCACCUCUGAAGCAAGAGCAGCAGCGUCCGCGCACCUCCGCGCCCGUCUCCGCGCCUCCCGCCCUCUCUCCCGGAACGAACCAGGCGGUCCCCCCUCCUACGGCCACUGCGUCUACGAAGCCGACAACAACGUCUGCGAUGACCAGGUCGUCACCAUCAAAUGGGAUGAUCAAGCAAAUCAGCAGCAGACGGCGACGGCGACGGCGUCGGCCAAAACCGCCGUGUUUCAUAUGAUCGCCCCGACGGAGCGGCAGUGCGAGCGGCGCGGCCGGGUCUACGGCACCGAGGGCGAGCUGGCGUACGACGGGCGGCGGAUCGAGUUCUUCCGGUUCGCGACGGGGGCCACAACCGUCAUCGACGUGCCGAAGCAGCCGCCGGAGGAGGAGAAGGCGCACGGUGGUGGGGACUAUGGGCUGGCGCGCGGGUUCGUGGCGGCCGUGGACGCGGUGGUGAAUGGUGGCUGGGCGGCCGAGAAGGCGCAGAGCCGGUUUGUCGAGUGUACGUUGGAGGAGGCGGUGCGGAGUCAUGCGGUGGUGUUUGCGGCGGAGGAGGCCAGGCGGGAGGAGAAGGUGGUGAGGUGGGCUGAGUGGUGGGAGGGGAAGUUG